AUGUUUUUAAGAGAGAAAACCAGAAAUAUUUUGAAUAGAAUACAAGGGAUUCAUCCAUUGAUUCUUCUCGUUCUAACUUUAACUGGCGCUUGUUUUUUUUUCGUAGCAACGUUUUCCAGAUCUUCUGUUCAAAUUGAUAGUGAUCGUUUUCAGCUUGCUCGUUCAAAGGCCUUUUCUAACAUUAUCAAAUGCUCUGAAUCAAAAGACAGUCUUUUUUGUUUUCAAAAGUAUCGGUCAAGCUUGGAAAAUGAAGCAGAAUAUACCAUCUCAAGCUUCUCAAAAGUUCAGCUAGAAAGUUGUCUUGAUGUAGUAUCACAAAAUAUCAAUGAUUUAGCGCUACUCUUGAAUAUUCAAACUUGUUUUCAUCAAGCAGAUAUUCUUGAUCGUGCCAAUGAAUUUGCUGCUGCUGCUUCUCCUAGGCUCAGUUGGCUUGGUCUUGUUGGUAUCUUUAUUAGUCUUUUUAUCCAAGUAUUCAUUGCGUUGCAUUCUUUUAUUACAUUUAUAUUGAGAAACAAAGAAAUGGAAAAAAGCUAUAGUAACAUUCAUGCUUUAAGUCAAAAUUUUGAAGUUUUAAAUGACAGACAAAUUAAUUUUUAUAAAUCCUUAACUGACCUAUCGACGAAUAUCAAAUCAGAAACCAGAAACUUACAAGGAAGACUCAAUCGUGGUGGAGAUGUUAGAAGGGAUUUUGAAAAAUUGAAUCAAAAGAUUGAAGAAAGUUGGGUUGAAAUACAAGAAUUAAAGAAUGCAAUCUCAAAUGCUAUCAGCUCUAACUCAGUUAGUGAUAGUAAAAUUGAUAUGAACCCUAAGAAACCAACAAACAGUGAGUCAAAUAAAGUUGAAAUUAAGAGUAUUAUAAGCAGAACAAUUGAAAUUGAAAAUAAAAAUAAAAAUAAAAGUAAAAAUGAAAAUGAAAAUGAAAAUGAAAAUGAAAAUGAAAAUAAUAUUCCUAAUCCACCAUCACCUUCAAUUCAAGCAACAGUGGAUGGACAAACAUUUGAUCUAACUACUCAAGAAGGUCGCAAGAAAUGGUGUGAAUACAUUCAAAAUAAUCCCAAAAAGAUUAAAAAUGAGAUAUGCCAGGAAAAUGAUAAGCCAGAUAAUAAGCCGAGUGAUAGGGAAAACUACAAUGUAAAUGACAAGGAAAGGUUCAAGAUAAAUGAUAAGGUGGAAGAUGGAAGUUAUAAUAAAGAUUACCAAAAGAUCGCCAGUAAGGAAAACAUUGAUACAAAUUUUGACGGGUUAAAAGGCAGCAGCAACAGAAAGAAUGGAAGUCAAGUCAAAGAUAAGAUUGUAGUUGCUAAAACUAUCCUUGGAGUGUCGGAUAUUAAUCUAGAAAAUGUGUUGAAGACGGAAGAUUCAGAAGCAGACUUAAAAAUAGGAAUAACUCCAGCACUUCUUGAUGAGUUGAACAUCUCCAGGUUUGAUAAAAAUGGGAAACCUUUUCGCCGUCUCUUUAUUCCUGGAAGGGGAUGGAUCUCAGCUAAAAAAUUGGAGGAGGACAACCCAGAACUCGGAGCAAAUUUGAACACCAACACGCUACAGUUCGGUACCUAA